AUGUCAAAAGCGGCGCUUUGGUUCAAGAUGCUGUCCACCGGUGUCGUCAUAUGCGUUGGUGGCCCAGCCCUUGUCUACUGGGUAUCUCCUACCGAAGAAGAAUUAUUCAAGAAAUACAAUCCAGAACUCCAGAAGAGAUCGUUGGAGAACAGGGAGCAGAAACAGCAAGAUUUUGACAACUUUGUCAACAAACUCAAGGAAUAUUCCAAAUCCGACAAACCAAUAUGGAUAGCCGCUGCCGAAGACGAAGCUCGUCAAAGAGCUAAUAUCGCAGAGGAGCAGCGAAGAAUAGCGCAAGACAUACAAAGGAGAAGGGAGAAGAUAAGAGACGAGAGUCUGCAACGAUGA